AUGACCGGCAAGGUGGUGAAGGUUACCUGCGUAGUGUUGACGGCUCUGGUCAACCAAGCUCUCUGCUUCGUGGGUCGUCCCAGCCCUUCGCUACCCCAUGGGUCGCCCGCCAUAAUAGGUUCUGCCCCCCUGUCCUACCCUUUCUACCCAUCUCCUCCCGAUGGGUAUUCUGUCCCGCUAAAAAAAGGAUCCUCUUCAUUUUUACCCUAUUCGCCAUCUUCCUCUGUAACCUAUGUUACAGCAGCCCCAAUAACGUACUCUCAACCUUCUUUAAAACCCUAUUUUCUGCCGUCACCUAAAUCCUACUUUGUAUCGUCCCCUAAACCCUAUUUUGAACCGUCCCCAAAUUCCUAUUAUCUAAAGUCCCCUAAGCCCUAUUUCCCGCCGUCCCCUAAACCUUAUUUUACACCGUCCCCUAAAUCCUAUUUUCAAUCUUCCCCUAAACCCUAUUUUCAACCAUCCCUUAAACACUAUUUUGCACCGUCUCCUAAACCCUAUUUUACACCAUCCCCUAAAUCCUAUUUUCCAUCGUCCCCUAAACCCUAUUUGCCAAAAUCUCCUGAACCCUAUUUUUCACCGUCCCCUAAACCCAAUUUUCAAUCGCCUCCUAAGCCCAAUUUUCAAAGGUCUCCUAAAUCCUAUUUUCCAUCGUUUCCUAAACCCUAUUUGCCAAAAUCUCCUGAACCCUAUUUUUCUCCGUCCCCUAAGCCCUAUUCUCCACCAGAAUACUAUCCCCGUCCGUCAACCUAUUCACCAGUUCCACCUUAUAAACACCCGUUAACCUACGACCUACGACAAUCUACACCUACCUCUCACCAUGAUCUUAAAUACCCUGUCAAGCGUCCUCAGUACGCCUUCAGCUACGGCGUCGCUGACGACUCCUCAGGGGCCUCCUACAGCCACUCCGAGGUCCGGGACGGCCAGGAGACCACGGGCAACUACGUCGUGGACCUGCCUGACGGUCGUAGGCAGACCGUCACCUACUUUGACACAGGAAAUGGUCUGAUGGCAGAUGUUACCAUUGAGGGGCAGAUUAAACAUACUCCUACAUACGUAGCCCCUCCGAUCUUCACUAAUGUCCGCCCGGAUCUUCCCGAAUACUCCAGGCCUUUGUCUAGCGUCUAAUUUGACGUCAUUUUUGUCAACCCAGAAGCAUGUGAAACUACUUAACCUAUUCGUGGCCGAUUGAUGUGCUUCUAAUAUCACUUCUAGUACUUCUAAUUUCACUUCUAGUGCUUCUAAUUUCACUAUAGCCCUACAACUUGGUCGCUGUAGUUAAUACGGGCUAAAUGGCUGCGUAUUAAGGUUGAAUCAUAUUGAUUUCUUGGCUCCAUUCCUUCAUAUAUCACCUGUUCCUCACCCCCCAUUCAUUUGCCUCAUCCGCGGUUUCGAACAAAGGCCAGAAAAAGGCAAAACUGUCUCUCUAACUACUAGGCCAGUAUGCCUACAUAAGGAAGGGAUUCAAAAGUACCUAACUAAUAUGUAGGUAUAUAUGUAUAAAGUCUGUAUAUAUAAUAAAUAUUAUUUCGUUACCGAGCCUUGUGUAUGGGAGAUCCUAUUUUUUCCCAUUAGCCCCUAUUAUGGGGAUU